CUCCCCAUCCCAUUUCCCCCACUAUAGAAAAGAAACCCUAGCUUCUUUCGUCUCGGUUUCAUCAUACAAACACACUGUACAAAUCUAUCCAUUUUCCACCAUAUCCAAUCGAUCUUUCUCUGUUCGAAAUUUUCAAAACCCGCAUAUGUAACUACAGAGUGUGGUGCUAGCGGGUUUUGGUCUUCUCUUUCCUUGAUCUUGCGGUGAACAUGUACAGAGAUCGAGGAGGCGGCUCGUCCAAGGGUGGAGAGAUGCUGGAUCGGAAGCGAAUCAACGACGCCUUGGACAAGCAUUUGGAGAAGUCUUCCCCUUCUACCUCCAGGAACAAGGGCUCCGCCGGCGCCGUACCUUCCACCUCCACCGCCGCCGGGAAGCAGAUUGAUUAUCGGAACAAUCGCUCGUCGUCGAAUUUGCCUGCCAGCAAGAACAAAUCCGAGGAUGAAUCUGAAACAGACAGUGAAGAGUCUGAUGUCAGUGGUUCUGAUGGGGAGGAUACAUCCUGGAUUUCAUGGUUUUGCAACUUGCGAGGAAAUGAAUUCUUCUGUGAAGUUGACGAUGAUUAUAUCCAAGAUGAUUUUAAUCUCUGUGGGUUGAGCAGUCAAGUUCCUUAUUACGAUUAUGCACUUGAUCUAAUUCUGGAUGUCGAGUCCUCUCAUGGUGAUAUGUUUACUGAGGAACAGAAUGAAUUAGUUGAAUCAGCUGCUGAAAUGCUCUAUGGCCUUAUUCAUGUUCGGUACAUUUUGACUACCAAGGGGCUGGCUGCAAUGUUAGAGAAGUACAAAAACUAUGAUUUCGGAAGAUGUCCGAGAGUUUACUGCUGUGGUCAGCCUUGCCUUCCUGUUGGACAGUCUGACAUCCCGCGCUCAAGUACCGUAAAAAUAUACUGUCCCAAGUGUGACGACAUUUACUAUCCUCGUUCCAAGUACCAAGGCAGUAUCCUUGCAUUCUGAUUUCGAUUUUUUUUGUUUUGUUCACUGUAGUCAUAUGAUGCAUCGUUUACUCUUUUUGUCUUUGACCACUCUUAACAUGUCUGAUUGAUGGAAGUUAAAUUAACUCAUCAGUAUAUUAAAUUUUGGAUUAAGUCGUAGCUCUUGAUAAUUUCCUGCUGAGUCAAUUUUCUGUUGUGUGUUUGAAGCUGCAUAAAA